AUGAGGUUUGGCAAUGUCCACGGGUACGGCAAGGCAAUAGUCCAGGCUCUGCUAGACCACGUGCUGAACAUUGCUUCGCUUCACCAGCGUCGCGUUGGGUACCUAGUGUACUCCAGGUACUGCGCCUACGGAUACAAAGGACCAACCUCCGUCAACGUCCGUGCGUUCCGGAGCUUCCUGCGCAUCUGCCACUCCCGCUUGGUCCCUGAUCAAGUCAAGUGCUUCCAACCUGCUCCUCCGCGCCGAGCGCAUUACCCAGAGGGACUCCCGUCAUCCUCUUCUCUCCACCGUCCACCAGCCUCACCAGCGGCCUCGCUACCCUCAACCUGCCGUCUCCCUCAAUCGUUCGUCUCCUUUCCCGCGACACGCCCAGAGACGACCACAACCAUGAACGUUCUCAAGCUUCAGAGGAAGUAUCCUCAAUUCCCGCAAAACGAAAUCUUUGGUCUCAGCGACGCAUUCCGCAAGCUCGACAUUGACGAAAAGGGCUACGUUGACGAGGCCACUGCCAUCAAGGCCACCCAGCAGAGCGAGCGCCAGCCCUACGAUGUCGUACGACAGGCUCUGAAGGAGGUCGACCUUGACUCCUCCCGCAGAGUCGAGCUCGAGGACUAUGUUGCCCUCAUUGCGAAGCUCCGCGAGUCCUCUCCUGCUCAGAAACGCAUGUCGACCGGUCCCGGUGGUGGUACCGGCGCAUCCAUUGUCGCGCAAGCAACCGGAGGCAUGGGUCACUCUUCAAAGUCGAGCAUCGGCAAGAUUCACGUCCAGGGCUCCAAUGCCAACGUCACCCAUACCAUCAACGAAGAUGAGCGCACCGAGUUCACCCGUCACAUCAACGCCGUCUUGGCCGGUGACGCAGAUAUUGGAAGCCGUCUUCCCUUCCCUACUGACACCUUUGAAAUGUUUGACGAGUGCAAGGAUGGUUUGGUCUUGGCCAAGCUCAUCAACGACAGUGUCGCCGACACCAUUGACGAGCGUGUUCUGAACCGACCCAAGAACAAGAAGCAGCUCAACGCUUUCCAGAUGACGGAGAACAACAACAUCGUCAUUGAGUCGUCCAAGGGUAUCGGUCUGUCCGUUGUCAACAUUGGCAGUGGUGAUAUCAUUGAGGGCAGAGAGCACUUGAUUCUCGGUCUGAUUUGGCAAAUCAUCCGCCGUGGUCUUUUGAGCAAGAUUGACAUUAAGCUGCACCCCGAACUCUACCGCUUGUUGGAGGACGACGAGACCCUCGAGCAGUUCCUGAGACUUCCCCCCGAACAGAUUCUUCUCAGAUGGUUCAACUACCACCUCAAGGCCGCUGGCUGGAACAGACGGGUGAACAACUUCUCUAGUGAUAUUAAGGACGGCGAGAACUACACUGUACUCUUGGCACAGAUCGGCUCCGAAUAUGGCGCGACGAGAGCCCCUCUUCAAACACGAGACCUUCAUCAGCGCGCCGAGGAAAUUCUGCAAACCGCCGACAACAUGGGCUGCCGCAAGUUCCUUACCCCGUCAUCUCUGGUCGCUGGUAACCCCAAGCUGAACUUGGCUUUCGUUGCCAACCUGUUCAACACCCACCCCGCGCUCGACCCCAUCACCGAGGAGGAGAAGCUCGAGGUUGAAGACUUUGAUGCCGAAGGAGAGAGAGAAGCCCGCGUAUUUACUCUGUGGCUCAACAGUUUGGAUGUGCAGCCUGCUGUGCAAUCCUUCUUUGACGAUUUGCGCGACGGCACGGUGCUUCUGCAGGCGUACGACAAGGUUAUCAAGGGAUCCGUCAACUGGCGUCAUGUGAACAAGCCACCGGCGCACGGCGGAGAGAUGUUGCGGUUCAAGGCGGUUGAGAACACAAACUACGCGAUCGAGCUCGGCAAGCAGAACCGUUUCUCGCUUGUGGGCGUACAGGGUGCAGACAUCACCGACGGUCAACGGACCUUGACUCUUGGCUUGGUGUGGCAAUUAAUGCGCAGAGACAUUACCGUCACUCUGUCAACACUGGCGCAGCGUCUUGGCAAGAAGGAGAUCACGGACUCGGAGAUGGUCAAAUGGGCCAAUGACAUGUCUCGCAAGGGCGGCAAGUCAUCUGCCAUCCGAUCCUUCAAGGAUCCCUCCAUCGGCACCGGUGUGUUUUUGCUGGACGUGCUCAGCGGUAUGAAGAGCAGCUACGUCGACUACGACCUCGUCACCCCCGGCCACACGGACGACGACGCCUACCUCAACGCCAAGCUCAGCAUUUCCAUUGCGAGAAAGAUGGGCGCCACCAUUUGGCUGGUGCCCGAGGAUAUUUGCCAGAUUCGCAGUCGCCUGGUGACCACCUUUAUCGGUUCUCUCAUGGCCACGGCAGAGAAGCAGGGACUGUGA